AUGGCCACACAGAUCCCGCAGAGAUCGGCCAAGAGGCAGCGUCUCGCCGGCGAGAAGGCCGCACGCGAGGCUGCCCUCCUCCAGGCGCAGGGCCAGCUCGGCCCGUCCACAGAGACGCUCGUCAUCCAGUUCCAGUCCGGCCAGGACGGCAGCCUCCUCGGCCCCACCAUCAACCUUCCCGCCUCGACUGGCCAGAAGGAACUCCAGGCCAUCAUCAACCAGCUGCGACGCCAGCUCAAGCAGGCACAGGGACCCAAGAAGCGCUCCGUCGACGACCCGGACGCCAGCUCGGACGACGACGACGACGACGAUGACGACCUCCCCUACGCCUUCCACGUGGACCUCGAGCAGCUUGCUGCCAACGCCACCGUACAGGCAGAUGAGAAGCCAGAGCUGGUCAAGAGCAACGCACGCAUCCCCAUCAACACCUCCAUCACCGACGACGUGCUUGGCGCACAGGCGGCCAAGAAGCUCGGCCUGAGCCAGGAAGACACGCUCACCGUCGUGUUCGAGCCGCAGGCGGUGUUCAAGGUGCGACCGGUGAGUCGGUGCUCGAGCACCAUGAGCGGUCAUGCGUCGCCCAUCCUCUGCAGCACCUUCUCGCCCACCGGCUCGCUGCUCGCCACGGGCGCCGGCGACAAGACCGCGCGGCUGUGGGAUCUGGACACCGAGACGCCCAUGCACACGCUCGUCGGACACUCCAACUGGGUGCUCUGUGCCGAGUGGGAGGGCCGCGAACGCAAGCUCGCCACUGGAGGCAUGGAUGGCGAGGUGUGGAUUUGGGAGGCGCUCGAUGCCUCCUUCACCGGCCGCAAGGGCUGGCUUUCGCGCUCCACCCAGCAGGUCGAUGCAGAAUGGGAGGCUCAACAGCAGCAGGAGCAGGUCGAUGACGCCGACGAGGCAAAGCCGGCCAAGAUGGGUGUCAAGCAGCGUCGCGCAGCCAAGAACGCCGCGCCGCAGGGAAAGCCGUUGCGCGGCCACACAAAGUGGGUCACCUCGCUCUCGUGGGAGCCGAUCCACGUGAACCCGACCAACCCGCGUCUGGCGUCUUCGUCCAAGGACGGCACGGUGCGCGUGUGGAACCCGACGCUGCAUCGAUGCGAGUACGUGCUGGGCGGCCACACUGCGUCGGUCAACUGCGUGCGCUGGGGUGGCGAAGGUGCGCUCUACACCGCUUCUUCCGACCGCACCGUCAAGGUUUGGUCGGCGGAUGGGGGGAAACUCAUUCGCAGCCUGAGUGAGCAUGCGCACUGGGUCAACACCAUUGCGCUCUCCACCGACUUUGUGCUGCGCACGGGGCCGUUCGACCACACGGGUCGAGCCACCGGUGCUGGGUCGACGACGCCAUCGUAUGUGCAGCCGUCGGACGAAGACGCGAAAGCUUCGGCGCUCAAGCGGUUCAAAGAGGCCACGGGGGGUGGCAGCAAUGCCGAGACGAUCAUCACUGGUUCGGAUGACCAUACGCUCUUCCUUUGGCCUGCACAGAUCGGUGGGUCGGCAGCAACACCCAAGAAGCCAGUGGCGCGUCUGACGGGCCACCAAAAGACGGUCAACCACGUCGCCUUUUCGCCCGACGGAAAGAAAAUCGCCUCGGCCUCGUUCGACAAUAGCGUCAAGCUUUGGGACGCCGCCACGGGAAAGUUCAUUGCGACACUGCGAGGACAUGUGGCGUCGGUGUAUCGCCUGGCCUGGUCGUCCGAUUCGCGUCUGCUCGUUUCGGCUUCCAAAGACUCGACGCUCAAACUCUGGGAUCCGAUCAAAACGUUCAAGAUCCGAAAGGACCUGCCGGGCCAUACCGACGAGGUGUACUGCGUCGACUUUGUCGCCGAUAAAGUCGCCAGUGGCGGCCGCGACAAGGUGGUCAAGAUUUGGCGCCAUUGA